AUGUGUAUGCUCGGCGUCUAUGUCGGUACUAAUAAAUGGAUCCCUUCAAAGCCAUUCAAAAUGGAAAGGGGUCUACGACAAGGAGAUCUGUUGUCGCCCUUUCUGUUUGUGCUAGUUGUUGAUGUCCUUCAUCGGAUGAUCGGAGAGGCGGUAACAAAUGGGUGCAUUGCUCCGCUUUUGGUAGGACGAGAUCAUAUUGAGCUGUCACACUUGCAGUUUGCGGAUGAUACAAUACUGUUCUGUCCUCCAGAGGAAGAGACUAUCAGAAAUUACAAGCGCUUACUGUGCUGCUUUGAACUGAUGUCCGGGUUGAGUAUUAAUUUUGAGAAGCCCAGUUUCAUUCCAGUUAAUUGUGAAGAGUGUUGGAUGAGACAGAUGUGUCAGCUUUUGGGAUGUAAGGAAGCCUCGUUACCAGUCCGAUACCUUGGAAUCUCUCUGGGAGCGAACCCAAGGUUAGUUAAGACUUGGAAACCAGUAAUUGAUAAGGUGGAAGAAAAGUUGAGCUUGUGGAAGGCGAAGACUCUCAAUAAAGUGGGCAAGCUAGUUCUCAUUAAGUCCGUCCUCAAUAGCCUGCCUAUAUACUAUCUCAGCCUGUACAAGAUGCCGAAGACAGUAGCAGAAAAGUUGAUCUCAUUGCAAAGACGAUUCUUGUGA